AUGAGGUUUCGUUACAUGGUCAGCCUGAGGGAUGCAGCCACGCGCGUGCACUUCUGCUCAGGCACCCUGAUUGCGCCAAGCCUGGUGCUGGCGGCAGCCCACUGCUUCCGAGACGCAGAUUCGGGGUUGGAUGAGCUGGACGAAGCAUUCCUGCCGCGGGUUCGCAUAGGGGGGUACCGCCUAUCGUUAGACAGCCCUCGUCGGGGGCGGUUUGAGAGCCGGCACGUCAUCAAGACGCUCAUCCACCCUCGCUUCACGACAGGGUUCACAGACCCGCUGACCUACGACCUGCUGAACCACGAUGUGGCCGUGCUGCUGCUCAACAAGCCAAGCGCGCUGGCGCCAGUACGGCUGGCGCCAUACAAGGGCGAGUGGCUUCGGGAGCGCGCCAAGGCUCCCUGGGCCAACCCGGUGCCUGAUGGAAGCCACGUGCUGACUCUGGGUUGGGGCUACCUGCGAGGCGAGCCCGAGUGGACCGAAGCAAGACGAGUUGCAGAUCUGCGGACCCGCGUGCUGCCACUGAGGGAGUGCCAGCGGCAGGUGGGGGCCACCACCUUUGAGGACGGCUUCUGGGAAGUGCACAAGAUUGUGAUUCGCUUCCGAUCCAACGCCAUGCUGUGCUGCUCCCGCCUGCACCCGCCCAAGCGGUCCGGGGUGUGUGGGGGCGACUCGGGCGGACCUCUCAUUGUGGAGGGCCCCACGGCCGGGCAGGACGUCCAGAUAGGAGUCACCAGCUGGGCAGGCAGCCCCUGCGGCAACGGCGAGCCAAGCGUGUUUGCUGAUGUCGGCGUCCUGCGGCGGUGGAUCGACCGUGCGGCGCUGGAGCUGACAGGCAAGCCGCUGCCGGGCGGGAAGCGGACCGUCACGCUGGCGAAACUUAGGCGGCGCAAGGGCGGAUGA